CUCUCACGAAGCGUUGCAAACAAGAAGAAGAAAAAGAAAAGCAGAGUCCACCAGACGUUUCCAUUCUCAGAAGCAUUAUAUGUAUAAACGCUCUCUCUGUCUUUCUCGCUCCCUACUUUCCUUAGAUUUGAAAAGAAUCAGAUAACUCGCUAUAUGUUUUUAUCUGUAUAUGCGCGUGUAGAGGGCGCGUGAUUGUUUUCAAUUUGAAUUAUGGCUACCGGAGUGGAAUCGUCGUCGCCGGAGACUGGGAAGGUUGCGGUUGCGCUUGAUUUUCCUCUGAGUGAUACGCAUUCGUUCACUUCUCCGCCUAGAAUACCUAGCAGGCUUCGGAAAAGACUGUUGGAGGAGGCUAGGACUCCUAGUACUGUUGAAGAAAUUGAAGCUAAACUUCGACAUGCGGAUCUUCGCAGACAGCAAUUCUACGAGAUGCUGUCAAGCAAGGCAAGACCAAAGCCUAGAAGCCCCUCACGGUCUUCAUCUCAAGAGGAAGACCUUGGCCAACGUCUUGAAGCUAAGCUUCAAGCUGCAGAGCAGAAAAGGUUGGACAUUCUUGCAAAGGCCCAGAUGCGACUAGCUAGGUUGGAUGAGUUGCGUCAGGCAGCGAAAAGUGGGGCAGAAUUGCGAUUUGCUAGAGAAAGAGAGAGGCUUGGUACGAAAGUAGAAUUGCGGGUUCAGCAAGCAGAAGCAAAUAGAAUGCUUAUCCUCAAGGCUAAUAGGCAAAGAAGUGCCAACCUAAAGGAGAGAAUGUCCCAAUCAUUAUUGCGGAGAAUGGCUCGGGAGAGCAAAUACAAGGAGCUUGUACAUGCUGCAAUUCACCAAAAGCGUGCAGCUGCUGAGAGGAAGCGAUUGGGAUUGCUGGAAGCAGAAAAGAAGAGGGCAUGUGCUAGGGUGUUGCAAGUGAGGCGUGUGGCUAAGUCUGUCUCUCAUCAGCGUGAAAUUGAGAGACGGAGAAUGAAAGACCAGUUGGAGAAUCGGCUGCAAAGGGCAAGAAGGCAAAGAGCAGAAUAUUUGAAGCAGAGAGGAAGGCAGCAUAUUUCGGUUCGAGUGAAUUGGAAUCGAAUGCUCAAGCAGGCUGAUCUUCUUUCCAGAAAAUUAGCAAGGUGCUGGAAGCAGUUUCUUAGGUCUAGGAGAACUACCUUAGACUUGGCAAAAAAUUAUGAUGACUUGAAAAUCCAUGGGAGUUCUGUCAAGUCAAUGCCAUUUGAGCAGCUUGCUCGAUUGAUUGAAUCUGCUACUACCCUACAGACUGUGAAUGCUCUACUCGAUCGACUAGAAAGCCGCCUUGCAGUUUUCAGAGUUGCUGGUAGCAAUCAUUCAACCAGUUUGGAUAACAUCGAUCACCUCCUAAAAAGAGUAGCCACCCCAAGGAAACGGACUACUCCCAGGAAUUCUAUGCGGAGCAGAGAGGCAAAGAAAGUAGGUGCUGUUAGGGAGGCAGCCAGAAGUCCUGCUAAAUCAUCAAGGUAUCCUGUGAGAGUAGUUCUUUGUGCCUACAUGAUUCUGGGUCAUCCAGAUGCUGUUUUCAGUAGUCAAGGGGACCGUGAGAUUGCUCUAGCUAAGUCUGCUGAAGAAUUUGUUCUACAGUUUGAGUUGCUGAUAAGAAUUAUACUAGAUGGCCCCAUACAGAGUUCUGAUGAGGAAUCUGACUCCAUUUCACGAAAACGCUGUACCUUUAGGUCUCAGCUUGCAGCUUUUGAUAAAGCAUGGUGCUUCUACUUGAAUUGCUUUGUUGUGUGGAAGGUUAAGGAUGCUCAGACAUUGGAGGAGGACAUGGUGAGAGCUGCUUGCCAACUUGAGGUUUCUAUGAUUCAAAAAUGCAAGCUGAGACCAGGAGGGGAUACUGAUGCUCUCAGUCAUGAUAUGAAAGCUAUUCAGAAACAGGUGACAGAAGAUCAAAAGCUUUUGAGGGAAAAGAUACAACACCUGAGUGGAGAUGCUGGGAUUGAGCGCAUGGAACGUGCUUUAUUAGAAACACGAUCCAAGUACUUUCAAGCAAAGGAAAAUGGAAGUCCAGUUGGGUCACCAAUCACACAUUUCCUCUCUUCGAGCACAUUGAGCUCCCCAGGUGGUCCUUCUCUUGGUAGCUUAGCUUUCACAAGCAAUAUGGUUGAGAGUGUUGAGAAGCCAAACCAUGUAGUUCGCUCCUUGUUCAGAGAUGAUGUUGCUUCCUCAUCCAAAGGAUUUAGUUCCUCUGCAACAAUCAGCAGCCAUUUUGAUGGCCAUUUUGGUCCUACUAUAAAGUUGAUAACAGAGAAUGAAUUAAUUGUAAAUGAAUUUCUCCAUGAGCGACAUCAUAGCUUUGUUGAUGGAUUCAGUACGGACAAAGAAAACAAUAUCAAGUUGCAGGGAAAGAUAAGAGAGACAAUGGAGGCAGCCUUUUGGGAUGGUAUCAUGGAUUCCAUCAAACAGGACGAGCCCAGAUACGAUCGAGUUGUUGAACUUGUGAAGGAGGUGAGGGAUGGAAUUAGUGAGAUGGCACCAGAAAGCUGGAAACUGCAGAUUGCUGCAGCUAUUGAUCUGGAUAUUCUCUCUCAGGUGUUAAAUUCAGAUACACUUGACAUUGAUUAUCUCGGAAAGAUUCUAGAGUUUGCAUUAGGUACUCUGCAAAAGCUGUCCUCUCCAGCACAUGAAGAGGAAAUGAAAGUCACACACCAGAAAUUAUUGAAAGAAUUGGCUGAGACAUGUGAAACUCGAGAUGAGUCAAUGUAUUCCCAUGCCAUUGCAAUGAUCAAGGGUCUGCGGUUUGUAUUAGAGCAGAUUCAGGCUCUUAAGCAAGAGAUAAGUAAAGCACGUAUAAAAUUGAUGGAGCCUUUGUUGAAGGGACCUGCUGGUUUGGAUUACCUUAGAAAAGCUUUUGCCAACCAUUAUGGAUCUUAUUCUGAUGCCUGUACGUCUCUACCUUUGACCAUGCGGUGGCUUUUAUCUGUGAGGAAUUGCAAAGACCAGGAGUGGGAAGAGCAUAUCAACUUUAUCUCUUCUUUGAUCAACCAUGAAAGUUCAUCUCAGGAGUUUCUUCCUUCCACUACUCUUAGAACCGGUGGAAGCUUUAUGCUGAAAACAAAAGGAAGUGGAGCUGCUUAUACUUCAUCUGCUUCCAAUACUACAGGUGGUCAGAAACCAGAACCAGAAUGCAAUGGUGAUAGAAUUGAUUUAUCGGUGAGGCUUGGAUUGUUGAAGCUAGUGAGUGGGGUUUCUGGCCUAACACAAGAAGUUCUUCCUGAAACCUUCUUGCUUAACCUGCCUCUUCUGAGGGCUGCCCAGGCUCAAAUCCAGAAGAUCAUAGUAAUAUCAACUAGUCUUCUUGUUUGCCGGCAAACACUACUGAUGGAGCAAGUAGUAGCCAGUGGUGCAGAUGUGGAAAGCAUAUUAUUGAAGCGCACCAAGCAAUUGCUGGCGCUCUUAGACCGUGUUGCCGAUGUGGGCAUUGAUGAGAUCGUAGGGGUAAUAAGUGAGCUCUCACAAGAAGAUGACAGGGCAGCAGACCCUGAGAAACUUAAAUCAAGGAAGUUAGUCAUGGCUAGGAUGUUAGGAAAGAGCUUGCAGGCCGGCGACCCUGUUUUUGAAAAGGUCUCCCAUGCUGUUUAUUUGGCCACGAGAGGAAUUGUACUAGGCGGCAGCGGGCCUCAGGGUAGAAAACUAGCAGAAAUGGCACUCCGGCAAGUUGGGGCCGUCAUGCUAGCUGAAAGGGUGGUGGAAACUGCUGAAGUAUUGGUGGUAGCUGCCACUGUGUCUGUUGCUGUACAUGGGCCAUGGUAUGUGAAUCUAGCUGAUAACCUGUGAUGGAAUUGUAUGCACAAGGAAAGUGGGAGAGAGAAUGAUAAUGCAGAAUUGUAAAUAGUAGUGUGCGUAAAAGCCCUGUAAUUGAAAAAUAAUAUUUGAUCAUAAUGCACAUUCUUCAGUGAUUGUAAUGUAGAAUUCAUUGAUGUAGUGAAACAGAGGAGACUGCAAUUUUGUGCUUUGCUUGUUUAGUUUAAACUGUGUAAAUCUUGUUUUUGGCUGCUAAAGCAUGCACACUCCAAAGUGUAAAUUUAGCAUCCAAACUAUUGCUUCCCCAUCUGGAUUUCAACA